AUGAAUGAUGGGUUUGGAUAUAAUGUAAUCGAUGAAAUGUCUUGGCAUUCUCGCUUCGUCAAAUCCCCCACCCAAAUUACUAGCCGAGUCAGACCAGCGCGCAAUAAUCGGCCUAUCGCGUAUAUAUCAGACUUGCUCUCGUCGUCAAACUCUGUAGACGCUCCUCCAGCCAAAUCUACGCGUUUGAGUAGCCGUGGCAAAGCACCUCCUAAAGCACCUACCCGGGCACCAAAGAAGGCACAGAAGGCUUAUCCUAAGGCUUGUAAGCAAGCAGCAGCAGCAGCUGCUGCUGCUGCCAAACAGCGUUUGAAGAACUCAGUUGCCUUUGUAGAAGCUCCUCCUUCGCCUCUAGCUUCUAUCGUCGAAUUGCCGUCGUCUCCGCCACCUGUUCCGCGACCUGUUCCGCGACCUGCUCUGUUACCUGCCCUGCCACCUGCUCUGCCACCUGCUCUGCCACCUGCUCUGCCACCUGCUCUGCCACCUGCUCGAGCUUCGUCGCCCGUUGAACCUGAGCAGCCACAGUAUGAGAUUAAUAUACAAUAUUCGCUUCGCGUUAACACAGUGAGGAGGCCUGGGGAUGUAGAGAGCACCGAGCGAUGCUUCCUCCUCCUAUUCAUCUACAAUUGA